CUCCUUGCAUUUACUCUCACGCGCUUCUCUCCAUGAUGGACUCAUCUCCCCUCCCCUAUCAUGGCUCCUGCCACUGCGGUUUAGUCAAGUUCAUUGCAAUUAUCUCGAUGCCUCCAGUUGGAGUCCGGGACUCUGCAGCUCCGCCUCCGCCCUCGCCUUCGCAGCCCCGCUUUUACAAAUGCAAUUGCUCGACCUGCCACAAAUCCGGCGUCUUCCAUAUGCGCUUGCCAGAUGCCCCAAACGAGUUUUUCUUAUUCUCCCCACUAAAUCUAGAAGAGCUUAGCAAUUAUCAAUGCUUUAAGCGUCUGGUAAAUUGGUAUUUUUGCCCUACAUGCGGCGUCCGAUGCUUUGGUGUCGCAGCGCGCUGGAAAAAGGACUCUAUUGAACCCGAGAGAUUCAACAUGGCGAUUUCUAGUGAGGAAGGAAAGGAAAUUACCCCCAUCAAGGGUCACGAUGAACAGCAAAGGAUAUCGGUCUUGCGAUUGGACCCCGAAGGUUAUAAGGAGAACCAGACCGGAUAUUUCUCCCUGAAUGCUCUUACCAUCGAUCAAGACCAGCCUCAUGGGAAUCGUCUUGAUCUGCGUCGGAUUGUCGAUAACAAGUGGUUGGAAUAUCUGGAUCGCAAGGAGGGAGUAGCAGACAUUCGCUAUGAUUACCCGCAGGAGGGAGGUACAUGGUGAUGAUUCCUGUCAAUGCACGCUGCAGGCCCCUUCUGUGGAGGCGGCCAUCGCAACACCCACAACAAGGCUGUCACACGGUGAGACGAAUCAUGAUUCGAAAAAUAGUAUACUAGAAAAAGCGAGAUCAAAAACAUAUGGAACAAGGUUGCGAAGUAGUGCCAAGAGAAUCCUUAAUAUGCUUUCAUUUAGUUGAAUCUGAUUAAUAUCCUGAGAUAGAGGUUUGUUGUUUUCUUUGCAUGAGAAGCCAGGGGC